AUGCAACAGCUUGGUAUACUUGACACACUGCUUUCGAUCGGUCAAAGAGUGUUGAACAACAAGUCCUUCACUAAGGAUGGCAAGAAGUUCGCAGACGGUACAUCCGUUCAGAUCGUCAAGGAGAACUUCGGUCUCGAGCCAAUCGCCUUCCAUCGCGCCGAGCUCGUACAAGCCCUCUUAGAAGGCCUGCCCGAUGAAGCAAGAAAGAAAUACUAUGUCGGCCAGAAAGUCAUUGACAUCGCAACAACCGAGACCGGCGUCGUAGUCACCUGCGCGAACGGCACGACGUUCACCGGAUCAAUGGUCCUUGGAGCCGACGGAGUACACAGCCAAACACGCAAGAUCAUGCACAAGCUCUCAGCAGAAGACCGCUUCUCUACCUGCCGCAACCCGGAACCGCCAUUCUCCGCCCACUACCGUUGUCUGUGGUCCAACAUACCGCGGCCAUGCGCAGCUGGUCUGGGAAACAACACACAAGGGAAGGAUCGAUCGCUCAUGUGGAUCACUGGCCGUGAACGCGCUUGGUUGUUGCUGUACGAAAAGCUGCCAGAACCGACCCAGGAGCCGAAGCGAUAUAUAAAGGAGGAGAUGGAUGAAUUCGCCGCUAGCUUCGCUGACUGGCCUGUCAACGACGACUUGAAGGUCAAAGACAUCUACGAUAGCUCGACUGCAGGCAUGUCAAAUCUGGACGAGGGCGUACUCGAGCAUUGGAGCUUAGGACGUAUUGUGCUCGCCGGCGACGCAUGUCACAAGUUCACACCAAAUGCAGGCCUCGGAUUUACAAACGGCAUUCAAGACGUCGCGUUACUUUGCAACCUACUACAUAACGCGACAAAGUCAAGUGCAGGCCCCGAUAUUAGUUUCGACGAACUCCAACAGAUCUUCCGGGAAUACGAGUCGUCGCGGAAAGAGCCAACUGCGUUCGACUUUGGCGUCUCGGCUGCCGCGACUCGCAGCCACGCCUGGGCUACGCCGAUCUACUGGUUUGUGGGCAGAUUCAUCUAUCCGCUCUACGCUUUCCAAUGGCUCUUGAUGAAAUAUGUUGUCGCUCCACGCAUGAAGCAAAGUAGGGUGUUGGAUUACGUCUUUGGUGAGGACCGCAUACAAGGCCGCAUUCCAUGGGCCUAUCCUAUCCACACGAAAAGCAAGGAGCUUUAA